UUAAAAUUAUUGAUGUCGAAUUCAGAUUUAAAUGAGGAAAUUAUCGCCGAAAGCUAUGAUUCUGAACUUACUACUGGGUUACAAAAGAAAAAUGAAGCGGUUGGUUCUUUUGCUGUCGGUUGUCCGAACAAAUGGAAUCCUUACCAUUAUUGUGUGCAAUUUUGUUACGAUUAUUGGAAGGAUGGAUUGAGCGAGAAAAAAUUACCUCAGAAAUAUACUGAGCAAAGACUGAAGGCUUUAAAAAAAUAUCCUUUGCCUAGUGGAUGGAAAGAAGUAUACGAUCCAGGUUGCGCCCGGCAUUAUUACUGGUGCCCUCGUACAGAUGAAGUUUCAUGGCUUCCACCUCGUCAUCCCUUAGCUGUAAUUGGUGAUGCAGCACCCAAAGUAUCCAAAGGUUUGUUUGUUUUGAAAAAAAUUUUUUAUCAAAUUAAUUCGACUCAAAAUAUUCAUUUUUCGAGUCUAGAUUUUCUCAUUACUGUGCAAGAUAUUGGUACUUGGAGUUCCGGUUUACAUGCACACGAUAAAACUGGUGCUGAUGUCACAGCCAGUGGUCCUCUGUUUCAGCAGAGACCUUAUCCUGCUCCUGGAGCUGUACUUCGUAAACAGCAACAACAACGGCAGUGA